AGUAUGGACCAUAUCUUUUGUGGCUGUUCUCUCGGCCAUUCAGCAAUAUCCGCCAGACCUUUGUACUCUCCGUUAGGGUUUUAUGUCAAUAGCUUAGCAACGAUGACAACGUUGCAAGACUUCAAUAAUAGUCCCAGUAUAUCUGUUGAAGCUAAAAUACUUGACUGCAUACAUAUACCUCCGUCUGUUAUGCAAACAUUUUGAUCAUUAUGAUUGCUUUUGAUUUUGACUCAUGUGGAUAUAUCAAACAAUAUUUCACAACCCCGGAUUAUUGAGUUUUACGUCGUGGUGUGAGAUUCUUCUGCCAAUGGGAUGUUGCCUAUUAAGUUGGAGUAUUGAUUGGAGCACUGUGACGAUAAUGUGAUUCACUGCACAUUGAUUAUCAAUUUUAGAAAAGAAGAUCAACAUUAUCAUACCACUUGUUAACAUCGGGGGAUCCAAGUCACAUCCUUAACCGUCCAUAGUUGGGCCUAUUUGCGAUUUGUUGUCUAAUUCCUACCUUUUGAAGAUACUUAUAUAUUUGGAUCAAGAUCGAGGGAUCGAAAGGCAUAAUAAAUUCGUUUCAGAAGACUAUUAAAACAAAAUGGGCGACGAAGCGGAGAAUGUGCCCGCCGAAGGUGCCGAGGUUGAUCCUCAAGCAGAAAUGAAAUCGAACAACAAGGAAUUCAUGCAUCUCCUGAAGGAGAAGAAACAAGCAGAAGAUGCUCUUGCCGAGAAAGUCAAGGAAUUGCAUCGAGUCGGAGGGAGAAAUUAUGAACUCAUGCAACAAGUUGAACAACUAGAGAAAGAGCUCGCUGCAGCGAAGGAUCAGAAUAAAGCACUGGAGAAGAAACACAAGGACGAAAUGCUGAAGGCCGUCGAGAAUAUACCAAGUGAGAUGGGCAGUACAGCUAAUAUUUCCAAGCUUAAGAAGAUGAGACCAAAGACUGGUGUUAAACACGCCAAUGCUCGACUGAAACCAAGAAAGAAAGCAGCGGCAGCAUCCAACAAAAACCUGAAGAAAGAAGCCGAGGCUGAGGCACAAAAAGCAGCUAACGAAAAGGAUACAUACAAAUAUUACGAGGAAAUCGCCGAGAAAUUCCCCAACUUAAGACUCUCUGUGUUGAUGGUAGCAGAAAAGAAAUUCAUCGAUGCCGAUAUAAACGGAGACGGAACGAUCGAUGGCCAUGAAUUGGAGAAAAUUCUGGAGAGCGGGAAUAUGCUAUUCACAAAACAACAAGUAAUGGAUAUUGUCAAGGAGAUUGAUAAAGAUGGAUCAAAUGAUUUAGAUUUCAUGGAAUGCCUUGUGGUCAUUGACCGGUUACACCAGAACAAGAAGACCGCGUUACCUACCACACUGGAACAAAAUAAAAGCUCUGUUUGUGCGAUACAGUAAUUAAGGAUAAAGACAUUUUCUAUCGAGUAUUAACAAGAUUUGGUAAAAUAGAAACUCAAACAUGCAUUCGAUUUGAACGCGGUGCUAACAAAACAUAAUUGGAUGCAGCAUUUAGGAUUGUUAUAAUCUGUAUACCUCAGCAUUAAUUGUGCCUCAGUUACACUUUGACGAAACCAACUUAUGGCUGACCAAUGAUAUGCCAUGGUCUGUCUCAUUUGGAGUCGGUUUUAACUCACUAGGACUUAUAGUUGAAAGGAUGUACCUUUUCGAGAAAAAAAAGUUAAAAUAUCAAACUACUACAUGUAGAAGGUGGUCACACAUCACUGGUUGAGAUGGCGGUUCAUGGCGGUUUGCCCUAGUUUGGUGCAAUCUGAGAUGUUCAUCGAAUUUGGCCACUUCGCCUUAAGUGGGUUAUAAUGUUUCUUUCAGUUGUGCUUGCCCAACAAAGCAAUACGCGCCUUUUUGCAACCCAUUGACAACAAAUUAGCCAAACUCUUCUGAUUGCACACAACUUCGGAGGCAAACUGCCAUGAACCGCCAUCCAAACCUGCGAUGUGUGAUUAACCUACCACGUUGGUUAAAACAAAGUUGUUUGUAGAACAAUGAGAAUGGUUUAUACAUUUAACAUAAGAGCAUUAUUAUCUCAGUGAAAGGUGAAUGAAUUAGAUGAAAGAAUGUUUAAAGAAUCGAUCAACUCACAUGUAUGGUAAGCAUUUCGAAGCUGGGAGUACACAGAUGAAUAUCCGACUGCAGAGAACUGCAACUUAUGGCGGCCAUAACUAAGGGGCUUCCAAAGAAGAAUAAAAACACUUUAAAUGGAUUAUGAAAUGAGACAGGUGCGUUGCUAUGGCCGUGAAUGAAUAAGCUUUAUAUCAGAGCCCCUGAUUAGAUCAUUGUUGAAGCGCCGGCCAGUGCAAAUCUCAAAAAAAAAAAAAAAAAGCAAGCCUAAGUGGUUUAUGGUCGUUGAUGGAUUUUUUUUAAUGAGAAAUGUAAAAGUGAAUAGGUGUCUUUGUCUUACAGAAUGUGAAUGUUCAAAGCUAAUCUCACCACAUACCACCAGACCAUCAACAAUGUUUCUUUUGAUAUAACAAUGCUAGUUUUUGUUGUGUCAAGCCUAUAUGUAUUUUCAUGGAAUUUCUUCCUUUCCCUAAGUGGCGCUAGACUCUAUUGUGAAGAAAUACCAUUGUACUUUGGGUUCUUAAUGACUGUGCUAAUGUGCUAUGUAAAUUACAUGAACAAGUUUCCGAGUGCUAAUGACCUCAUUGCAAGGCUAGCUCUUUGUGAGUAAUAUGUGCAAAAUUCAAUAUUUUCCAGAAAAUUAUUGAAUAUCUGUAUCAAUUACUGUUCUCUUUAAAAGUUUAAUAAUAUAUGAAUUAAGAAACUGGCUAUUCUGCUUAUUUACCAUCUAAGAUGAUAAUUCCAAGUAAGAAAGUUGCAAUGACCUAACCAGUGUUUUAUUUUUUCAGAAGUAAAUUUGUGAUUUUGCCUCCUCAGAAAUAACACAUUGAGAGUUCAUAUUUUCAUUAAAAAAACCCAGAUGUGCAACACAGUGUUGUUUUCCAUAUCAUUUGGAAAUGUAUAUUUAGUAAAAAGCAAGAAAAGUACAGAUAUAGAGUAGUGGACUGUUUGAUCACAUUCCACAAAAUUGGUUGAAGAUGUGCUUUGUGUUUAUUCAUUUUUUUUAAUAUGAUGGUGCCAUCUUUUAUAUAUAAGGAUUAUGAUAAUCUGUAAUAUUAUUACUUGUUAAGUUCAGAAAUGCUUAUUGAUUUUUUGUCUAUAUAUUAUGCCAUUGAGUAUAUGUCAAGUGCUUUUUGUCAUUAUUUAUUAUAUGUUCAUAAUCAUUGUCAAUUAUGUUUAUCAUUGUAUAACAUGUUCUUCAAAUAUACUUUCUAUAUUAAAUGUACUUUUAUCAUCAUACAUUUGAUAACUUCUAUGUCUUUUCAGACAACCGUGUCCCUCUAUAUGGAAUUGGAAAUAGCCGGUUUUUUUUUUAUAUAAUGAAGUUGAUAAAUUUAUAAACACAAUGGAAGGUGAAAUAACUGGCUCAAGGUCUUCAUUCAAACUUGGGAACAUAAAACAAAUCAAAGUAAUUCCACACACUCAUUUUAAAGAAUUUAAAUGUGGAACUAUGAAUGUGGAAUUAAGGGUUGAUCAAAUCAAUGUUUCAUUUAUUACAAUUUUUGUUAGAUUUUGGACCGUUUAAUAAGGGCUGCUGAGCUGUUACCAUGGUAGUUGCCAUAAUAAUAUUUACCAUAGACGUAACUGGGCCCUAGGCUUGCCUGUCAUGGCAACAACCUUUGAAGGAAAGAUUCUUUGAAGUGACAAGCCACUGAAAACCAGAAGUGAAUGAUACAUGUUAGUCAAGACAUUAGUUGUCGAGAGAACAUUUCAUGAAGCCAUUUGUAUUAGUAUGACUUUCAUAAACAAUUACAUGUGAACAGAAAGCCGAGUUGGAUUUACUGACCUUUUUGGCAAUACCUAUUAAUAUUCAGUGGAAAAUCAAAAUUGAAAUUAAUGACACAUAUAUUGGUCCAUGAAAUGAAAAUAGAAUUUUUUUAAUUGUUGGGGGGGAAAAGCUUUCCAUAAUCAAGUUGUAUGUAAAGUGAUGUCUUACUUUAAUAGCUUUAUGAAAUACCUAUGUCUUAGUAAUAAUAUUAGGCAUUUAUAUAGUGCCAUCUAUCUAGAAAUAUUCUAUUCCGAGGCGCAUUGUAUAUUAUUAUUACCCCAGCUUUAGCUCGAGCUGCCUUUCAGCGUUCAGUGCAUUCAAGGAAUUAAUCCUGCCGGGUACCCAUUCACCUCACCUGGGUUGAGUGCAGCACAAUGUGGAUAAAUUUCUUUCUGAAGGAAAUUACGCCAUGGCUGGGAUUCGAACCCACGACCCUCUGUUUCAAAGUCAGAAGACUAAUCCACUGGGCCACAACGCUCCACCUGUCUUACAAAGAGAUGCAAUAGAUCCAACUCAAACUCAGAUUGUGAUUGAUCUUAAAUUCCUAUCAUUUAACUACACUUAUUGAGAUCAAUCCCAUUAUGAGUUUGAUUUUUUAAUCUAUUACAACUCUUUGUCAAACGGGGGCCUUGGUAUUCUGAAGAUAUAAUAAGAACAAAUCAACUAAACAAAAAUAGAAAAUAAAGUCAAAGUAUUGUUUCAAUUUGUUUCUUUAUAAAACAAAAAAUAAUUGACGACUUGUCAAUGUCAUGUUAUUUACAACAUAACCAGAGUUUGAAUGAAAAUAUGGAUGAUAUAAAGGAAAGUAAUGCGGCACCAAGUCAGUACUUCCUUAACAAUAAUAAUAAUAGGAGGAUACCAUACCUCAUUUUGUUGGAUACAACCAAUAACAUAUGACGUAUAAAAUGAAAUAUAUAUAUGUACAUGUUUAAAGCUAAAUGUUGAAAUAAAAAAAGAGAACACCUAUAUAGGGCA